GACACUUAUCACUGUUCAAGAGAUCCCCUGCGAAAUGAGGACUGGGCAGAGAGGACUUACACUGGACCAAUGAAGAGACUUGAUCAACAGCUGGGUUAUAUCGUUCAGGUAGCAGACUUCCCGCAAUACCAUCCUCGUUUCUGCGUCCAACGGAUUGAAUACGAAAACCUCAAACGGAUCUGCAAAAAACAUCCAGACUUGGGAAUCUUCAUUGUGCCUCGGCCACCCCGCCCUCUUGCAGCCCUUAUCUGGGAAUAUUUUCAGCGACUGGAUGAAGUUUUAUACGAAGCGGGCCUAGGCUUCGAGUUUUACAGAUCCGAUGAAGAAGUGCCUCCAGGGUAUGACCGGUAUGCAGCUGCAGAAGAAGCAUGGACUGAAGAACUGAAAAAUGAAGCGAAGCAUUAAAAGGUGAUGUGUUAUAGAAUAAGUACUAUAGAUA